AUGCUUGUGAAAGCCUAUCAAUCAAAUAAUCGCACUUGGUUGAAAUUAUCUAAAUCUGCCGGAGAUAUUCGUACGACCGAUAUAUUUUUCGAAAGUAUGAUGCGAAAUAAUCGAAGUGGUUGGGAAGAACUACUAAAUGUUGCUCUCAGCUCACCAUGGCUUUUUCCAAAAUCACGAACGCUUUUUCCUUAUCUUGGAUUACAUAAUAACUUAGAUGCAUUACUACAUAUAAUGGCAUACCGAACGAAAAAAAUCCUGAUUCUCGGAUUUAAUUGGCAUUGGCAAGCUAUGGCACAGAAUAAUAUAUUUACUCUAGUCAGAUUUACUCGUACAACUAACUAUAUUAUUGCUGCAGGUGAUGAAUUAACAUUAUUCGUGUGUAUCGAAUUAAAUCUUCCUUGUUAUAACGCAACGUCUUAUAUGAUGAAGUCUGGAAAAAACGUGUCUAACAUGCACGAAGCGUACUUCAAUGAUCCAUAUUAUUUAGCUAUGGUAUGGUACUUGCUUCCACUUUAUCUAGAUAUUAUUCGAAAAGGUUUUACAAUAAUGAAAAGUGACAUAGAUAUAAGCUACGCUGGCAAGAAUAUAUGGAAAAAGUACGAGUUAAUGGCUGAAAAUACUAAAGCUGAUAUUAUAUUUAUGAGAGAACAUCCAGCUAAUACGGGACAUUUUUAUGCCAUUCCAAACGAUCGAGUUAUUGCUUUUUUUGAAGAAUGGAUAAGUUCACAAGAUUCUUUUAAGAAUCUUAACGAUCAACAAGCACUAGCACAUUUGAAUGGAAAAAUUUAUAUGAUAUGUAAUUCAGCAGAUUCGUGCAAUCAUGUGAAAACAUUACCAAUGAAUCGUCUUCGUGGUAAUAAUACGAGCAGUAAAAUAGCUGCAGUAUCAACCUAUCCAUCGUCGUUUACACGAUUUAGUGGUAUAUGUCCACCAGAUAAAGCUAUUAAUCCAUGCGAUGAAGAUGUUCUAUAUGUACAUACUAUUUGCAUGUCAGGUUUUUUGACUAAAAUGAAUAAACUGAAACAACUUGGAUUUUGUUUACAAGCUAGUGAUUUCUAUGUUCAAAAUUUACCUCUUCUACCAGAAGCUGAAUCUGCUAUUCAUAUGCAUGCUGGAUAUUUACCAGUCGGUUCAAAAACAGAUCUUGAGGCUAGUGAAUCUUUUGGUGGUCAAUAUAUUCCUUAUAUUGCAAAAGUAAUUCUUGAAAAACGAUCAUCAUUCAAACUACGUGGUCUUCUUAUUGGAGAUGGGUGGAUUGGUCCGAUUUCUCUUUACAAUUCAUAUUUACUAUGUGCAAUUGCAAACAAUUUAGUCAAAAACGACUUCGAACUUUAUACUAAUAUUAUUCGUCUAGUUGCACUAUGUCAAGACACAUUAUCGAAAUAA